AAAAAAAUGAAAAAAAAAACUCAAAAUUGGAUAGAGAUUAAAAAAAAAACUGAAAAAAGAAGUGAGAAACCACUGCACAAAGGGUUAAAGCGGCGCGUAAAUCAUCAAGAUCUGGUCUUGGGUUCCUCAAUUUCAAAGUGUUAUUGACGCAUUUCGUUUAAAAACUUCGACAAUUUUCGGUUGGCACCUCCAAUUUGAACUUGCGGUUGGCGGGUGAAGGAUUGGGGGAGUUCGAGGGUUUUUGAUUCAAUUGGAAAAGAAUUGGAUUUGGUUUUAGAGGAUUGUGAGGAAAUCAAAUGCCGGAGGAGGAUUUGGUGGAGCUGAAGUUCAGAUUGUACGAUGGAUCAGAUAUCGGUCCGUUCCGAUAUUCGCCGGCGUCGACUGUUGCUAUGCUGAAGGAAAGAGUUGUGGCAGAGUGGCCUAAAGAUAAAAAAGUUUCCCCGAAAGCAGCAAAUGAUGUGAAAUUAAUAAGUGCUGGGAAAAUUUUGGAGAAUAACAAGACUGUUGCACAGUGCAAGAUGCCAUUUGGGGAGCUGCCUAAAGGAGUUAUAACCAUGCAUGCUGUUGUACAGCCAUCGGUGGCAAAAGCUAAGACAGUUGCUUAGUUGCUGAAAGUUCCCACUGUGUCAACAGAGAAGAAGGUUGAUGAGAUUCCCAAGAAGAACGUCUGUUCGUGUUCCAUCAUGUGAAGUGGAAGUUUAUUGAGCCUUUAUCUUCUGGACUUCUAGGGAGUUCACCUGCGCCAUCAUCAGAUUUUGAAGUCGGAAAAACCCAAUAAUUUGUAAACAGUCAUUAUUCGCUGUAUGUUUGAGAGCAUUUCUGUGUAACAGUCGAUUGUCAUGUAUGCUUGUUUCUAUAAAAAUUUGCUGCUUGUACAUGUGUAGGUGCAGAACUUUUACAUACUAUGAGAAUACAUCCUUUGCCACAAUACUAUAUGGAAAUUCUUGUGAAUGCAA